AUGAGUGACCAGUCCGAACCGCUUCGCCGCUCGGCGACGCAAAAUACAAAGAAAAUCAACGCCGCGUUACGAGCGCUAAAGAACAAGAAACCCGCCACCGCUGAGCGCAACUUCUCCGUUCAUGUCACCGAAGACGGCGAGAAGUUCGACACCACCAGACGUAUUGUGGACAACGUUCCACCGCCAGCCAUGAACAAGCCCGAAGACUCCGAGCUCUUUCUUUCCAGCGGGUUGCCGAACUACCACUUUUUGCAGCUGCACUUUCUCCGUGAGGGCCGUUUGCAUGAGCACCAGGUGGUGAAAAUCUUGCAACAAGCCACCGCGUUAUUGUCUCUGGAGCCGAACCUUCUCACGGUUCCGGCUCCGGUUACUGUCUGCGGUGAUGUGCACGGUCAGUUCUACGACUUGGUCAAGCUUUUCGAGGUGGGCGGCGACCCUUCCAUCACGUCGUAUCUCUUUCUCGGGGACUAUGUCGACAGAGGAUCCUUUUCUAUCGAGUGUGUGCUUCUCUUGUACGCCAUGAAAUUGAACCACCCCACUACCUUCUGGAUGUUACGAGGCAACCACGAGUGCAAGCACUUGACAGAUUACUUCACCUUCAAGUCCGAGUGUUUACACAAGUACUCGGAAGGGGUGUACAACGCUUCUUUGGAGUCGUUUAACGCGCUCCCGUUGGCCGCCGUGAUGAACAAGCAGUUUUUCUGCGUUCACGGUGGGUUGUCCCCAGAGUUGAAGACGCCACUGGAUGUCAACAAGAUCAACCGCUUCAGAGAGCCUCCUACCCGGGGGUUGAUGUGUGACCUCCUCUGGGCAGACCCGAUCACCGAGUACGAUGAACAGGAAAGCUCGCCCAAGCCGUUUGUCGCCAACACCGUCAGAGGCUGUUCGUUUGCGUUCACCUACACCGCCACAUGCAGCUUCUUGGAGCGCAACGGCUUGUUGUGCGUGAUCAGAGCACACGAGGCGCAGGACGCGGGGUACCGGAUGUACAAGCGGACCAAGACAAUGGGAUUCCCGUCGCUUUUGACUAUGUUUUCGGCGCCGAACUACCUCGAUCUGUACAACAACAAAGCCGCCAUCUUGAAAUACGACGGGGAGGUGAUGAACAUCAGACAGUUCAACGCGUCUCCGCACCCCUACUGGUUGCCAAACUUUAUGGACGUCUUUACUUGGUCGUUGCCGUUUGUGGGAGAGAAGGUCACUGACAUGUUGGUGUCGAUUUUGAACAUCUGCACCGACGAGGAGCUAGACGAGGACACUGAGUUGACGGACCGUCCUGAGGCGUUUGACGAUGUUUCAUCGGUGGACUCGCGCCGCAACUCUGCCGGUUCGAUUGCUACUUCCGCGAGCGCUAUUGCUGCUUCCACAGCCUUGCCUGGUGUUCCUGAGGUUAUUCAAGAAGAUUCGAUAGAGGCAAAGAGAAGAGCCUUGAGAAACAAGAUCUUGGCCAUCGGCCGUGUUUCCAGGAUGUACCAGGUGUUGCAGUCAGAGCAGGUUUCUGUGAACCGGUUGAAGGACCUCAACGGUGGCAACAUGCCGAAGGGGUCGUUGCUUCACGGGAGCGAUGGUUUGAAAGAUGCAAUCUCAUUCGAAGAGGCCAGAAGGGCCGAUUUGGAGAACGAAAAGUUACCUCCAAGCAUGGAGGAGCAGCAGCAGCGCAAGGAAGAGAUCGAGCAGGAGUUGGCUCACGGCGGCGUUGGCGAGCAGAACCCGGUCAUCCAGAGACUUUUCAGACGCUUGUCGCAGAGCUAG